ACAGACCUGCAGACAGCUGACAGCUAACGCGGACCAGAGCGCUAUACCUACUUUAUCGACUCAACCGCCUAUAUCCACCAACGUUCAAGUACUAGAUCAUCCAGCCAGCUGAUGGGAGGGAUUGGGAUAUGCAGACAUACGACUGUAUCGUGGUGGGGGCAGGAAUUGAAGGCUCGUCUACGGCAUACAACCUGGUCAAGAAUGGACAAGACACCUUGUUGCUCGAGCAGUUCCCUCUUCCACAUUCUCGUGGAAGUUCUCAUGGACAAAGCCGAAUCACGAGAAUGGCUUAUGGAGGCGAUGACUACUAUACAGAGAUGAUGAUUGAGGCUUACAAGCUGUGGGAGGAACUGGAAAACGAGUCUGGGACAACUUUAUAUAAAAAAACAGGACUUUUGGCAGUCGGAAAAACCGGAAGUGAUCUUAUUGAUGGAACGAUGCAGUCGCUCCGAAAAUACUCUAUACCAUACACAGAACUUGAUGGUCGCACCUUACGGUUAAAGUAUCCGAUGUUGGACUACCCAGAAGACUUUGUAGGCGUUGAGGACCAUAGUGGAGGUGUACUGUUCGCUGAUAAAUCUUUGGCGGCUUUUCAGAGCGAGUUUGUGAAGCAUGGAGGCAUCCUGCACGACAACGAACCAAUGAUUGACGUGUACCCGGGGGACAUUGUGACUGUAAAAACAAACAAGGGAAGCUAUCGUGGUCGUAACCUGGUACUGACUGUCGGACCCUGGGCCACAAAAGUACUACCUUCCCUCGGUGUCCAUUUACCACUCAAGACAUUACGUAUUAGUGUGCUUUACUGGAAAGAGAAAACUCCGGGAAUAUACGGCGCCGAAACAUUUCCUAUAUUUUUGGAGGACUAUGCAAUAGGGGAGUACGAUAUCUAUGGACUGCCAAGUUUAGAGUACCCAGGGCUGUACAAGAUGUGUUUGCACUCUGGUCCAGAAAUAGACCCUGACAGACGAGAUGAUGCUGACAGCACCUGGGUGAUAGAUAAUGUGAAACAGUUUGUAGCUAAACACUUUCCUUGUCUGGAGCAGCAUCCUGCUAUCAUAGAGACGUGUAUUUAUACAAACACUCCAGACCACGACUUCGUACUGGAUAGACAUCGGGACUGGAAGAACAUAGUCAUCGGAGCUGGCUUCUCUGGGCAUGGUUUCAAACUGUCACCCGUUGUAGGAAAAGUUUUGUCUGAACUGGUCAUGCAGAAGACUCCGUCCUACCAGCUUUCUCAUUUUAGAAUAGAUCGGUUUAACAAGUAAUCCUAAAUAUGAAACAUGAUAUAUUGACAACAAGAUGUUAACAGUUGAUGUCAAUAGUACUGGAGAAAUAAAAUAUGUUACUUAA